AGGCUAAAUAUUGCAUAUAAGAAAUUUGAACUUUUAACAAUAUGCCUAUGAUAUAAACUCAAUCAAACCAUAAAAUUUACUUCCUCCACCCACUAUUAUGUGUAAUAUAUACUAUAAAUGGAUGCUUCCUAUUUUGUACAACAAAUGUUUUUCUUCCAUAUUUAGUAACUUUAUUCCAGCAGAAUGACGAAAAUACCCUUACAUAAAAAGUAAUAACCUCAAUUACAUACUUAAAUAAAAUUAAUUAAAAACUAAUCAUACAUAAUAAUUAAUCUCAUAUAAUUUUAAAAAAAAUCCUCAAAAUUUUCCACUCAUCAUCUACAUCUCCUCAAUUACGUACUUUCUCCUCCUCCAUCAUCAUCUUAUUUAUCUUCCUAUUAUCUUUCUCUCUCCUUGUUCAACAUAUUCUCACGAAUUAAAGAAAAAGACUACCCUUUAGUGAUUCAAUUCUAGAUAUGGGUUUGUGGGUUUCGUGGUCUAGAUUUGUUGGUUUGUGGGUUUCGGUGGUUUGGGUUCGUGGGGUGGUGGGUUUUGGGGUCUGGGUUCGUGGGGUAGUGUGUUUCGGUGGUGGUUUUGUGAGGGUAGCGUACGUGGGCGUGGUGUUGGUGGUUCGUGAGGUGGCGUGGGUUCGUUGGGUGGCGUGGUAGGGGCCUGUGGCCUUGUGGGUGGUGGUUCUGCGUUCGCGAGUGGUGGUGCUUCUCCUCUGUUUAAUUGUGAUACUUUUUUUAUAUUGGAUUAUUAUCCACUCUCUUACUUUUUAAUAAUCAUGUUUAAGAAAUUUUGCAUUGAAUUUCGCACACUCCUCCUUUUGUUGCACAUAAUAGUGGGCAGAGGAAGUAUAACAAAUCCACCCAAAUACAAACGAGACAAGAUAAUAAUUUAUCAACACUAAAUUUAUCACAAAUCCAGCGAAAAUGAACGGAGACAAAAAAAACAACAAUAUUGAACAUAUGUGCUCUUACAGUCCAGUACUUUUUGGGCUUUGGCACUUCACCGUUAUAGAAAAAAAAUGUUCUCCUAAUUCCAAAUUUUUUUUUUUUUAAAAAAGAAAAAAACCCGGGAAACCAAUUCCAAAACUCCCAAAAAUUCCCGCGAAAAUCACCCCCAAAAUUCAACCUUUUAUCCCCCAAAAUCAACCCCAUAAACCCUAACCAUAUCACUCCCCAAUUCAAUCAAUCCCCACUUCAGAAAACCAGAUUCAGAGAGUUUUAGAGAGAGAGAAAAUCCAAGAUGAAGGUGAAACCAGUUAAGCUUAGAGAAUCCCACAAAAAUACCAAUAACAAUGGCAAACCUUCAUUUUGCUCAGUUUUGUGGGACAUGUAUUCUACCCACAUUGUUACUUCUUCCUCAUCAGAUUCAUCCAUUUCUAUCUAUGAAUCUCUCCUCCUUUCGAACCCGAUGAAGAAUCUCCGUCACCAUCGAGACGGCGUCACCGCUUUAGCUCUUAGCCCUAACUCCACCUGCCUUGCCUCUGGAUCUAUCGAUCGCACCGUCAAAUUGUACAAAUUCCCAAGUGGGGAGUUUCAGAACAAUAUUACCAGAUUCACGUUGCCUAUUCGCACCCUUGCUUUUAACAAAUCAGGAAGCUUGCUGGCAGCUGCUGGUGAUGAUGAAGGAAUCAAACUCAUCAAUACAGUUGAUGCUACAAUUGCAAGAGUUCUUAAAGGGCAUAAAGGACCUGUCAUCAGCUUGGCUUUUGAUCCUAAUAAUGAAUACCUUGCUUCUCUUGAUACAAAGGGGACGGUAGUAUUUUGGGAACUUCUAUCAGGAAAUAUGCUACAUACUCUGAAAGGAGUAGCUCCUGAUACAGGUUCAGACAUGUCCAUUACGAAUGGACUUAGCUGGAGUCCUGAUGGCGAACUGUUAGCUGUUCCAGGGCUAAAGAAUGAUGUGGUAAUGUUUGAUAGAGAUACAGCUGAAAAGGUAUCUUCGUUGAGAGGUGAUCAUGUGAAACCUAUUUGUUUCUUGUCUUGGUCACCUAAUGGAAAAUAUCUGGCUACAUCUGGUUUAGAUAACCAGGUGCUGAUAUGGGAUUUUGCAAAGAAACAAGACAUUGACAGACAAAAGUUUGAUGAGAGGAUUUGCCAUAUGGCAUGGAAACCAACUGGCAAUUCAUUAGCUGUUAUUGAUGUCAUGGGAAAAUAUGGUGUUUGGGAGUCAGUAAUUCCUUCAUCAAUGAAAUCUCCAACAGAAGAUGUUCCCAACUUACAGUCGAAGAACAACAAUGGAAUCCUCUUUUUUGAUGAGGAUGAGAAAGAGCAAAGCACAUCUGCCAGUCUAAGUGAUUUGGGUGAAGACGACUUUGGGGAAUCAGUGCCUCAGACCAGGAAAAGAUUGCGAAAAUCUUCUAUGAUGGAAGAAACUUUGGAAGAAGAGAUUGAUGAGGAAUUACAUACAUCUUCAAGAUUUGAGUCAAAUAAAAGGCCUGCUAAGGCUCGCGAGGAACGUUUGGAUGGUGAUAGGAGGCCAAAAUCCAUGAUUUCUCAAAAUGGUUCAAAAAUACAAGAGCCAUUUCAGCCUGGUGCAACUCCUGUGCAGCCAGGAACCAAAAGCUUUCUCUGUUACAAUAUGCUUGGAAGCAUAACUACUAUGCAACAUGAUGGAUACUCACAUAUAGAGAUCGAUUUUCAUGACACAAGUCAAGGUCCAAGAGUUCCAGCAAUGACUGAUUAUUUUGGAUUUACCAUGGCUUCUCUAAAUGAGAAUGGAAGUGUUCUUGCAAACCCAAGGAAGGGAGACAAGAAUAUGAGCACUCUUAUGUAUCGUCCAUUUAGCAGUUGGGCAAAUAAUAGUGAGUGGUCCAUGCGAUUUGAAGAUGAAGAGGUGAAUGCUGUGGCACUUGGUACUGGGUGGGUGGCUGCUGCAACUAGUGCUAAUUUUCUUCGCAUCUUUACAGAGGGUGGCUUGCAGAGGCACAUUCUCUCCCUUGAUGGUCCAGUUGUGACAGCAGCAGGCUUUAAGGACAAACUUGCCGUUGUCACUCAUUCCUCUCAACCUCUUCCUUCGAAUCAUCAGAUGUUAGAGUUCAGAGUAUUUAACAUUAGCAAUAGAACCCAACCCCUUAAAGGACACCUGCCUUUGUCACCUGGUUCAAGCCUAUCAUGGAUUGGAUUUAGUGAGGAAGGCCACCUAGCUUCUUAUGAUUCGAAGGGCAUGCUGAGAGUGUACUCAGAUCAAUUUGGUGGGAAUUGGCUUCCUCUAUUCAGUGCCAGCAAAGUUAAGAAGCCAGAUGAAAAUCAAUGGGUGGUUGGUUUGAGUGCUGAGAAGUUGUUUUGCAUUAUAUGCAAGUCUCCUGAUUUAUAUCCUAAGGUAUCAUCCAAACCAGUUCUCUCGCUUCUUGAUCUUUCAUAUCCUCUUGCAUCCUCUGAUCUCGGAGCAGAGGCUCUUGAAAAGGAAUUUAUCUUCAGGAACACACGACUAUCACAGAUUCAAAAAUCAAUUGAAGAAACUGAAGCUGCUGGUAUGGAUUGCUCACUACUUGAUGAUGAAGCUUUUGAUAUGGAAGCAGCACUUGAUAGGUGUAUUUUGAGGCUUAUUGCAUCUUGUUGCAAUGGUGAUAAGCUAGUACGUGCUACUGAACUUGUGAAGCUCCUGUCAAUGGAAAAAUCAGUUAGGGGAGCCAUAAAGCUGGUUACCACUUUAAAGCUUCCGAGCUUAGCAGAAAGGUUCAACGGCAUCUUGGAGGAGCGAUUGCUGAAUGAUACAACCAAGAAUGUGCCACUACCUCAUCCUAACUCGCAUGCUGAAGCCUCUACUAGAACAGACAUUAUUGAUAAGAAAAGCAUUACUCCAAACAGUUUAACUGAAAAGUUCUUUAGCAGAAAUAACACCUUGAGUAGUAGCUUGCAUUCAAGCUUAAACGAGCCAUCAGAGCCCAUCACUCCCUCACCCACACCUAAAUUUACAACUCCUGUAUUCCCUAAGAAAGCAAAGAUCCAGGAAGGAAGCAGUUUCAUAAUGGAGCAGAAGUCAGGUGGUCUAACUACUGUACAGAAAGCUACAAACAUUACUAAAGAUGUUGAUAGUUUAGGAAAGCAAGAAAAUGCUGAAGAAGCAACAAAGAAAGCAAGAUCUUCUGGUGCCUCUAAUCCAUUUGCUAAAUCAGGAAAUGAUUCUGAUGUACGACCGAAAAAUCCAUUUGCAAAGUCAUCAAGCAUUCAAGAGAAAUCCUCACUGCUUGAUUCGAUCAAGAAGAUGAAGACAGUCAGCUAGGACAUAGCUGCUCUGAACUUUUGAUUAGGGAUAUUGUAUAAUGUACAUAAAUUCAACUCCUCAUAUUGCUUGAUUUGUGAUCUUUUUUCGAGUUUAAUAGAAUAUGAUAUUGCAAAUUUAACUUUGA